AUGGCGACGGCCGUUGUCGUACCCACGUCGUGCACCCCGUACAGCCGUCGCCAGCCAGCGGUCCCGCGUGUUGUUUGCGGAUCUUCUGGGAUCGUUGCCGCGAGACCGCACGCACGACUGCAACCACGACCACACGGGAAAAUCAAGAAGCAGGCGAACGGAGCGGGUUUGGCACCGGGUCAGCUGCAAUGGCUGCAGCAGUGGCAGGAGCGGCGGCAGCAGCAGUGGCGAGGGAAGGGGAUGGGCUAUUGCGGUGUGCGGAGAGCAGCAGCUUCAAACGAUCACAGCCAUGGAGAUGACAGCAGAUCAUGGUCCGAGACGACUCAAGACUCCUCCUCCUCAUCAUCAUCGUCAAUUCUUUCUCCGCAAUCACUAUCACAAUCGCAGUUGUCUUCAGCAUCAUCAGCGGCAUCAGCAUCGGCCGUGGUGGUGGAUUGCACGAGCAUGGACGAUGUGUACGAGUCCCUCGCUCACAGACUGCUCGCUGCUGCUCACGCCACCACACCCCCCAACAAGUUUCUGGUAGCGCUGGCAGGGCCACCGGGUGCGGGCAAGUCAACGGUGUCCCAGGCCGUGGUUGACCGAGUCAACCACGCAUGGCGCCAUGCUCUGCCCCCCACCCCUGCUGCCGAUGCUGCUGCUGAUGCUGGUGUUGCUGCGGAUGCGGAUGCGGAUGCGGAUGCAAAUGCUGAUGUGGCGGCUGUGGCGCCAAUGGAUGGGUUUCAUCUGUACAGAUGGCAGUUGGAUGCCAUGGAUGACCCCAAGGAAGCCCAUGCACGGCGAGGAGCCCCCUGGACGUUCGACCCUGCAUCACUAGUGGACUGCCUUCAAACUCUGAAGGACCAGGGUACUGUGUCUCUGCCUUCCUUUGACCACGGUGUAGGAGACCCGGUCCCCAAUGACAUCCCCAUACCCUCUAGCGUGCGAGUGGUGGUGGUGGAGGGCAACUACCUGCUGCUCAACGAUGGCGACUGGGCGCGCCUGCAGCCUCUCUUCGACGAGACAUGGUUCGUGGAGGUAGAUUUGGAUGAGGCAAUGCAGCGAGUGGAGAAGCGACAUGUGGCAACAGGCAAGACACAGGACGUUGCCAAGUGGCGGGUGGACUACAACGACCGUCCCAAUGCCGAGCUUAUUAUGGAGACAAAGCGCCAUGCAGAUGUGAUCAUUGUAUCCAAGAACCAGGAGUAG